CUCUAGGCGAGCUCGUACGAGUCUCUAUGGUGCCGAGCGCUCCUGUGCGCCGCUCCCGCGAGUCCGGGCGAACGUUGCCCCUUUAAUCGGCGGAGGGCGGUGCCGAGGAGGUCCCGCGAGAGCGGCGGGGGGCGGGGGGCGGUGCCGAGGCUGGGGGCCUGUGGCGGAUGGAGCCCGCGAUGGAGCCGGAGACUCUGGAGGCGCGAAUCAACAGAGCCACAAACCCCCUGAACAAGGAGCUGAAUUGGGCCAGCAUCAACGGCUUCUGCGAACAGCUCAACGAGGACUUUGAGGGGCCCCCGCUUGCCACCCGGCUGUUGGCUCACAAGAUCCAGUCACCGCAGGAGUGGGAAGCGAUCCAGGCGCUGACGGUGCUGGAAACGUGCAUGAAGAGCUGCGGCAAGAGGUUCCACGAUGAGGUGGGCAAGUUCCGCUUCCUCAACGAGCUCAUCAAGGUCGUGUCUCCCAAGUACCUGGGCUCUCGGACGUCAGAGAAGGUGAAGAACAAGAUCUUGGAGCUCCUUUACAGCUGGACGGUUGGCCUGCCCGAAGAGGUGAAGAUUGCAGAGGCCUACCAGAUGCUGAAGAAGCAGGGGAUCGUGAAGUCAGACCCCAAGCUUCCAGAUGAUGCUGCCUUUCCCCUUCCUCCUCCACGACCCAAGAAUGUGAUCUUUGAAGAUGAGGAGAAGUCUAAGAUGCUGGCCCGCUUGCUGAAGAGCUCCCACCCCGAGGACCUCCGAGCAGCCAACAAACUCAUCAAGGAGAUGGUUCAGGAGGACCAGAAGCGGAUGGAGAAGAUCUCAAAGCGGGUGAGUGCCAUCGAGGAGGUGAACAACAACGUGAAGCUACUGACGGAGAUGGUGAUGAGCCACAGCCAGGGCGGCGCCUCUGCCCACAGCAGUGAGGACCUCAUGAAGGAGCUGUACCAGCGCUGUGAGCGGAUGCGGCCCACGCUCUUCCGACUGGCGAGUGACACAGAAGACAAUGAUGAGGCCCUAGCCGAGAUCCUGCAGGCCAACGACAACCUCACCCAGGUCAUCAACCUGUACAAGCAGCUGGUGAGGGGCGAGGAGGUCAACGGUGACGCCGCAGCGGGCUCCAUUCCGGGGAGCACCUCGGCCCUGCUGGACCUCUCAGGCCUGGAUCUCCCUCCCGCGGGCACCACCUACCCAGUCAUGCCCACCCGCCCCGGUGACCUGGCCAGCCCCGAGCAGCCUAGCACCUCCGUUUCCCUGCUCGACGAUGAGCUCAUGUCUCUGGGCCUAAGCGAUCCCACACCCCCUUCGGGCCCAGGCUUGGAUGGUGCUGGAUGGAAUAGCUUCCAGUCAUCUGAUGGCGCAGAACCCCCCGCCCCGCCUCGGGUUCCCAGCGCAGACAGCCAGCCCCCGGCACCGAUGUCUCUGCCGGCGAGCAGCGGUCUGGACGACCUGGACCUCCUGGGGAAGACCCUCCUGCAGCAGUCCCUGCCCCCGGAGUCCCAACAAGUGCGGUGGGAGAAGCAGCAGCCAGCCCCCCGGCUCACACUCCGGGACCUACAGAAUAAAAGCAACUGCAGCUCAACCAGCUCCAGUGCCGCCGGCCUCCUCCACGCGGCGUCCCCCGAGCCCCCUGGGCCUCCGCAGCAGCCCACGACGACCGAGCUGUCGCUGGCCAACAUCACUGUGCCCCUGGAGUCCAUCAAACCCAGCAGCAUCUUGCCAGUGACGGUGUAUGACCAGCAUGGCUUCCGGGUCCUCUUCCACUUUGCCCGCGACCCGCUGCCCGGACGCUCGGACGUGCUGGUGGUGGUGGUGUCCAUGCUGAGCACCGCCCCCCAGCCCAUUCGCAACAUCGUUUUCCAGUCGGCUGUCCCCAAGGUCAUGAGAGUAAAGUUGCAGCCGCCCUCAGGCACGGAGCUGCCGGCGUUUAACCCCAUCGUCCACCCCUCGGCUAUCACCCAGGUCCUGCUUCUCGCCAACCCCCAGAAGGAGAAGGUUCGCCUCCGCUACAAGCUUCUCUUCACCAUGGGCGACCAGACCUACAACGAGAUGGGGGAUGUGGACCAGUUCCCCCCACCUGAGACCUGGGGAAGCCUCUAGAACAGGGAGGGGCGGGGGACAGGAGGGGGGAACAGGACUGGCCGCUGUCUAGCCUGCGGGGAGAAGGCUGUGGUGGCCUAGGACACCCUAUGUUCCCACGGCGACAUCCCCUGGGCCUGGUGCUUCUCCCCUCACCCCUGCGGCCCUCUCCUUACUCGUCUCCUCCCCUGCGCAGAUGGACCCAGCCGAAGACUGGGCCUGGGUUUGCACUGCUGGGGACCUUGGCCACAGGGGAGAGCCUAGAGCAGGGAACGGCUGUCUGGCCCUGGAAGGACUUGGGGUCAUGGGGGAGAAGCA